AAACCAAGGCAUGGAAAGGUUGAGUAACUGGCCAAAGUUUCACAGAAGACCAAUGACAGAGCCCAAAUAGGACCCAAUCCCCAGCUCUAAGGCCUGGUCUACACUACGAGUUUGUCGGAUUUAGCAGCAUUAAAUCGAAUUAACCCUGCACCUGUCCACACAACGAAACCAUUUUUUUUGACAUAAAGAGCUCUUAAAACCGAUUUCUGUACUCCUCCCCAAUGAGGGAAUUAGCGCUGAAAUCGACAUCGCCAUUUCGAAUUAGGGUUAGUGUGGAUGCAAUUUGAAGGUAUUGGCCUCCGGGAGCUAUCCCACCGUGCACCAUUGUGACUGCUCUGGACAGCACUCUGAACUCGGAUCACUGGCCAGGUGUACAGGAAAAGCCCUGGGAACUUUUGAAUCUCAUUUCCUGUUUGGCCAGGCGAGCUCAUCAGCACAGGUGACCAUGCAGUCCCAGAGUCGAAAAAGAGCUCCAGCAUGGACCGAAUGGGAGGUACUGGAUCUGAUCGCUGUAUGGGGAGAGGAAUCCAUGUUAUCAGAAUACGUUCCAAAAGACAAAAUGCCAAAACAUUUCAAAAAAUCUCCGAGGCCAUGAGGGACAGAGGCUACAUCAGGGAUGCAACACAGUGUCGCGUGAAAGUUAAGGAGCUCAGAGAAGAGUACCAGAAAACCAAAGAAUCAAACAGACGCUCUGGGACAGAGCCCCAGACAUGCCCCUUCUACGCUGAGCUGCAUGCAAUUCCGCCACCACUACCCCACCCCUGUCCCUGGACUCCGAUGAUGGGGUACUCUCCACCAUGCCUGAGGAUUUUGUGGACGGGAAAGAUGAGGAAGAGGAGGAGGAUGAGCUUGAGGAGAGCACACAGCACACCGUUCUCCCUGACAGCCAGUAUCUUUUUAUCACCCUGACUGAAAUACCCUCCCAACCCAAAGAAGCCAGAGGAGGGACCUCUGCUUCAAAUGUUUCAAGCCUCCCUCCUCCGUCCCAAAGGCUAUCUCAGAUAAGGCAGCGAAAAAAAUGCACGUGCGAUGAAAUGUUCUCUGAGCUCAUGCAGUCGUCUGGCUCUGACAAAGCUCAGCAGAAUGUGUGGAAGGACACAAUAGCAGAGUACAGGAAAGUGGCCAAUGAACGUGAGGAGCGGUGGCAGCAGGAAGAUCAGAGGAGGCAUGAGGCAACGCUGGGGCUACUGCGGGAUCAAACGGACAUGCUCCAGCGUCUGGUGGAGGUUCAUGAACGGCAGCAGGAUCACAGAUUGCUGCUGCAGCCCCUGUUUAACCACCCUCCCUCCUCCCCAAGUUCCAUAGCCUCCUCACCCAGAUGCCCAAGAAUGUGGGAGGGGAGGCUCCAGGCACCCAACCACUCCACCCCAGUGGACAGCCCAAGCAACAGAAGGCUGUCAUUCAACAAGUAUUGAAGUGGCCUUUUCCUUCCCUCCUACCCUCCUCCCACACCCCACCUGGGCUACCUUGUGAGUUAUCUCCCUAUUUUUAUAAUCAAUUAAUAAAAAAUACAUGGUUUUUAAA